AUGUCUUGUCGAGAUUGUACAAGAAAAGGAGGAUGUGUAUACACAACAUUUUGGUUGGUCCGAUUUCUACCUGUCGUACUUGUCACACUAGCCACUGCAUGGGGAAUCUAUGCUUACACCUACGAACUAUGCAUCCUCUCAAUCGAUAACUGGCCGCAAAGGAUAAUCUACUUGAUCGUAUUCUAUACUCUACUUGUUCUAUACUACACAUCAUAUCUUCGUACAAUCUACACAAAAUACUUCCUGGAAGGAGUCGCCAAAACAACGUAUGCCACAGUGAAGGAUGAUGAACGGCAGUUGCAAGCAUUCCUUGCAGAUAUCGCCCGAGAAAGAGAGUUGACUCUGCUCGUUCGAGGGUUCGAUCACGGUAUUCGGUUUUGUGAUAAAUGCUGUUGUAUCAAGCCGGAUCGAUCUCAUCAUUGCUCCAUGUGUGAACAGUGUGUGCUAAAGUUCGAUCACCACUGCCCAUGGGUUAACAAUUGUGUCAACUUUGGAAACUACAAGUUCUUUCUUCUGUUCUUAGCGUCCGUAAAUCUUUUCUUGGUAUCAAUAAAAAGUAGUAAUUUCAGAUACGGCUUUAUCUUCUGUAUAUGGAUAGCUGCAACAACUCUUCCGUCUUUCAUUGACUUCUGGAAGCAUGAAUAUAAUAUGAAUAAAAAGACCGGACGUUUCCCUCUGGUAUUUCUUCUGUUUCUCUCGUGCAUGUUCUCGCUGUCGCUCUCCUUCCUUUUCUUCUAUCACCUUUAUCUGACGGCUAAAAACCGAACGACUGUUGAGUCUUUCCGAGCCCCGAUGAUAGAUGGAAAGUAUGCCAAAGACGCAUUCAAUCAUGGUAUUCGUGCCAACUAUCGAGAAAUAUUUGGGUCUCGUCCACUCUACUGGUUUCUUCCAGUUGCCAGCUCACUAGGAGAUGGCUGCAAAUACAAGCUGAAUGACAUGGUUGCCUCAUCUGGUGGCAGUCAGGUCUUUGUAGAAAUGGGCGGUCUGGGAGCAGGAAGUGGUCAUGCACGUCCUCCUGUUGUCUCGCAACAUCAUGCGGAUCUAUAUGCUGCAACAUCGAUUGAGAAGAGCGAAACUAUUGAGACUGAACAGAGACUCGGUGAUGGCGUAGAAUUCAAAAAGUGGACAACUGAAGCGGCGUUAAAAUCUCAAGGAAGUCGGAACGGAACGAAUAUUGGGCCACUUCGAUAUCGACUUCUCGAACAACGAGAUGAAGCAGAAAUGCAACAUUUAUACAGUGACGACGAAGACGAUGAUCUGGAUCUCAAUGUUCGAGUCGUCUGA